GUCAGCCAAGGAGGGGAAAAGUUGAGCAUGAGCCAGAUUUGAGCAGAUUUUUCAAAGAGAGAGAGGAGGGGGGGCUGCUGUUGAACAGACUAGCUGCAGUUGUCCUCAGACCUCUAGUGCUUCAAUGCUCUUCACUUCUGUUUUACCGGCUGGAUUGCGCGUGUCCCUUAAAAGGUGUGUCGGUGAGAGUGUGUGUAUGUGUGUGUGUGUGUCAGAGGGUGUUCGUGUGCGUGUCUGAGCAGAAUUGGGACCAAAGCACUGCGGAUUUGUGUGCAGCAUAUUCUGUGGACCGAUGCCCUCUGCUUCUCCAAACAGGACACACUGAUUUACCUGCUUAACAAAGGUUAGAGGGUAACCGAACAACCAAAAAAACAAAGCCAGAUGGAAUUCUAGCAACUUCAUUUUCCCAGCUGGGCAGAUCUUUGUGCUUCCAGGUCUCCUGAGAACUGGACAGGCCUUUAACAGGAGGAAUCUUAUAUUUGAUGUUAGGAACGGCAAGCUCCAAUUGAUCUAGUGCGCAAUUGCUGAGAAGUGUAAAGGAGCCUUUGCCACCCAGGCAGCAUCUUGAGGAACAAAGAAUUCUGGGAAACUGACAAAAGUGGACGUGAACUGCUGAGGAAGGCAGGUGCACGUGACAAAAAGAAGGGAGAAGAAAGUGAAGUGCAGGAUGGAGACACAGAGCAGAGGUCGUCUGAGAGGAGUGCCCUCAGAAAGAACUGUGUUCUCUCUUCUGCUCACACUCAUCAUUGGCAUGUGUUGCGUUCAUGCUCUGGAGAUGUCUACUGGUAAGAUUCCAUUUCUGGAAGCAGUGAACGGCAGCACAGUCCUUCUGCCCUGCACCUAUGCCAGCUGUAUUGGGAUCACUAACCUCUACUUCAAAUGGGAGUUCAAUGAUAAUGGCACCAUGCGUAAGAUGGCUGAUUCUGUAAUUCCAACGGAUAAUGUGGAGCCAAAUAAAGUAAACAUUUGCCGUGAGAGGGUGGAGUAUGUUGGCUCCAGUAAAGGAAAUAACAUCUCCAUCCUGCUUUGGAAUAUAACAUUUGAGGAUGCAGGCGUCUACACCUGCUUUGGCAAAAACCCCAAAGAGAAGGGCAAGAAUCACAGCGCCAUUUUCACUCUAUAUGUAGUAGAUGAACUAAGGAAGGUUGAUAACACACUCACCAUCAUCAUUGCUUCCUGUGUUGGUGGAUUCAUCGCUUUGUUAAUGGCCUUCAUGCUGCUAAAGAACCUCACUCUGUUCGUUCUCGCAAAGAUUGAGGAAAAAAAUAAGGAGUGCCUUGUCACCUCCUCAGGGAUUGAUAACACAGAGAACGGUCUGUCGGGCUCCAAAUCUACACCAAAGAAAGCAUGACAGCGUGCAACCAAACAGAGUCACACAUGCACGUGAAAACAUGGAUCAGCCAUCAAGCUAUGCCCUCUCUGUUAAUUUACAUCCGUGUUUACAAAUGCUAUA